AUGGCUUUUGCUUUUGCUCUUACUCAAACUCUCUUUUCUUUGCUGCUUCUGCUACCAAUUUACAGUACUGUUGCUCAAACUAAUGGUGCCAUUACAUUGGGUGCUUCUCUCUCAGCAACUGAUAACUCUUCUUGGUUCUCACCUUCAGGUGAUUUUGCCUUCGGUUUUCGUCAACUCAGCAAUACAGAUCUCUUCUUGCUUUCUAUAUGGUGUGCCAAGAUUCCUGACAAAACCAUAGUUUGGUAUGCAAAUGAAACACUUGCACCAAGAGGAUCACAAGUGAAUCUAACUGCUGACAAUGGUCUAGUACUUACCAGCCCUCAAGGCCAACAGUUGUGGAACUCUAGCUCGCUUAAUGUUGCCUCUGGUGUUAUGAACGAUACAGGCAACUUUGUGCUCAAAGAUAGUAACUCCAAUGAGGUAUUAUGGUCGAGCUUCAACAAUCCUACUGAUACGAUUUUGCCUACACAGACUAUGGAAAAUGAAGGGUCACUUUUUUCUCGACAAUCAGAGACCAACUUUUCCAAAGGAAGAUUCCAGGUACGAUUUCUUGAUGGGAAUCUUGUGCUCAAUACCAUAAACUUGCCCUCAACAUAUGCUAAUAACCCUCCUUAUUAUAUUGGUGAUAAUAAUAAUUCAAGUCCUGGUAUACAAUUGGCCUUAAACGAGUCAGGCUACAUGUACAUUGUGAGAGAGAACAAACAAAGAUUUGUUCUUGGAGAGGGAGUAGUAAACUCAGAAACUGAUUACUAUUAUAGAGCCACUCUCGACUUUGAUGGGGUUUUCACCCUAUAUUCUCACCCAAAGACUUCCAUUGGAAGCUGGACUGUCGUCUGGUCUGUACCAGAAAACAUUUGCACGGAUAUUUUUCUUGAAAAUGGUGGUAUUGGUGCUUGUGGGUUUAACAGUAUCUGCACCCUCAAAGAUUCAAGGCCAACAUGUAAAUGCCCACCUGGGUACUCUUUAAUCGAUCCAAAUGAUCAGUAUAGUAGCUGCAAAGCGGACUUCAUACAGGGUUGUGAAGAAGAUAAGCUUAGUUCCACAAAAGAUAUCUAUAGUGUAGAGGAACUAACAUAUACUGAUUGGCCAACAUCAGAUUACCUGAGGUUGGAGCCUUUUACAGAAGUGGAUUGUAGAAAUUCUUGCCUGCAAGAUUGUACAUGUGCUGUUGCAAUAUUUACAGAAAAUAAAACCUGUUGGAAGAAGAAGCUACCACUCUCAAAUGGGAGAUUUGACGGCAAAUUUAGUGGGAAAUCUUUUAUCAAGGUUAGAAAAUCCACUAUAUCUAUACCUGGUUCUUAUUUCCCAAAUCCAAACAAUACUCCAGAUCGAGAGAAGAAAAACCAGGACGGUUUGAUAAUUCCAGGGUCAGUGCUUCUGGGUUUUUCCGUAUUUGUUAACUUUAUAUUGAUUGGUGCUUUUUGUUAUGGUUUUUUCUUCAUUUACCAGAAGAAACGUAACAAAAUUAACAGAGGUAGUAGUGUCUUGGAUAUAAAUUUGCAUUGUUUUACGUACAAAGAACUUCAAGAUGCUACAAAUGGGUUCAUGGAAGAGUUGGGAAAGGGGGCUUUUGGAAUUGUCUACAAAGGAGCAAUCCAGAUGGGUUCUAACAUCCCUGUUGCUGUCAAGAAGUUAUAUAAUUUUGCACAAGAUAGUGAUAAGGAAUUCAAAGCUGAGCUUAACAUAAUUGGUAAGACACAUCACAAAAAUCUGGUUAGGCUAAUCGGAUUCUGUGAAGAGGGACAACAACGGUUACUGGUAUACGAGUUCUUAAGCAAUGGCACAUUAGCAGAUUUCCUUUUUGGAGAUGUGAGACCAAAUUGGAAGCAAAGAAUCCAAAUUGCUUUUGGAAUUGCAAGAGGUCUCUUGUAUUUACAUGAAGAGUGCAGCACCCAGAUAAUCCAUUGUGAUAUAAAGCCUCAGAACAUACUUCUUGAUAAAUAUUACGAGGCUCGAAUUUCUGACUUCGGAUUAGCAAAGCUCUUGAUGAUGGGUCAAAGUCAUACUAAUACUGCCAUUAGAGGAACAAAAGGGUAUGUUGCACCCGAGUGGUUUAGGAAUAUGCCAGUCACUGCUAAAGUUGAUGUAUACAGCUUCGGUGUCAUGCUACUAGAGAUCAUUUGUUGUAGGAGAAGCGUAGAUAUGGCAUCUGGCAGAGAGGAGACAGCAAUUUUGACUGAUUGGGCUUAUGACUGCUUUAGAGAAGGAACAUUAGAUGCUCUUGUAGAACAUGACAUGGAGGCCUUGGAAGACAGAGAGGAGCUAGAAAGGUUUGUCAUGAUUGCUAUUUGGUGUAUUCAAGAAGACCCAUCUCUUAGACCAACUAUGAGGAAGGCUAUGCAGAUGCUUGAAGGAGUUGUUGAUGUACCUGUUCCACCAAGUCCAUCUCCUUUUACUACUACAACGAGUUUGUAGAACUUUACAGUCACUUUGUAUUAUCUAUUUGCAAUCUUUCCUAAGGGAAGUGAUUUGUAGUCAAGUUCGUAUUGUGCUCCAUUCAGACAACUCUGUUUUUAAUUUUAGUUUGUGCCUUUAUGAA